GGGCGCACCUCCAGGGGCACCUGGUGCCUUAGAUGAGACCGUAACUGCACGUAAUCUUCGCGGUAUGGAUCAAGUAGAAAGACGAAACCGAAUGGCUCCCGAUGCCACCCCUCGAGCCAAUGCCGUCAAUCUUCCCACAGCUCCUACCAUGCAGAAUACGAUCCCAAGCAACGGUACAGUACGCCCAAACCUUGCCCUGCCACGGGGUGAUCAUGCUGGAAAUGUUGCAGCUACUACAAUGGGACGAACGUCAAGUCACAGCGCUCACCAUCAUCGAGAAUCUGACGCUGGUCCGUAUAAGGAUGAAGACGUGCUGCUCAGUCUGCAGUUGCUUGCGUACCUGAGCAAGUAUCCACAUGUGCGUCAGGCUUUUUAUAAGCCCAGGACAUCUUUCCAUCCUGCUAGCGUCAAUUUACCAAAUUCACGUACAACGCAACAACAACCAGUGGCAGGACCUAGCAACGUGCGGACUGCACCUCCUGCCGUUGCACCUGUCAAAGAGUCUCACGGAUUUUUUCGCGCGUUUUCGUCUGCUACCCGCGGUAAAGAAAAAGAGAAGGCACUAGCCGCUAUUUCCAAUCCUUCAGGGUCUUCUCCUCGGAUGACAAAUGUAUUCUCACUUGUCGAACGGUUCACGUUCAGGCCUAGUUCAUCCGAGACUGAUCUACCCAAUCCUCCUCCCAAAUUGCCCCCUGAAAUCCAGUACUGGGCCGGGGUCAUUAUGCGGAACGCUUGCCGGAAAGACGAUAGCCGAGGAGGCAUUCGUCAGUGUGCCAACAUGCUUUGCGGACGAUGGGAGACGUAUCCGCGAGAGUUUGCUAAAUGUAGACGGUGCCGCAAGGCGAAAUACUGUGGAAAGGAGUGUCAGAGCACAGCUUGGAGCGAGGGACACCGUUUCUGGUGUAGCGCGAAGGAUGGUGAUGAUGAUGCGGAUUUGGUUUCGGAGCAAGCAAAUGGAGCUUCAGAGGCAAGCGAUGGGGUUGUAGGGAGCGGUGUUACGAUUGCUUCUGGUGCGACAGUUGUGGGACGGACGGAUAGGCGUCUAGAGCGGCAUGUACGAGAGCGUACGACGGCUGGAGCGAUUCCUCCUAAUACUGAGGACAUUGAGCGGGCACGGCUAGCUGGAACUGGACCAAACAAUGCCGCUGUUGCUUCAAACCGCACUGCUUGGUCGAGAUUUGAUGUGCACCGCCCGACACAACAUCCCAACCCAGGAUAUGUUCCCCCAAGACCACAUGCUGCAUUACGUGAAAAUUCACCAUUGUCGAAUAUUGAUACGGCAGUCAGUCGUCGACGGGCUGAGACAGUUUCGGGUGCAACUACUCCUCCAAUUGUUGCCCCCGUGUCGCCUUAUCCGCUUCCCGAAACUGGACGAGCAGGUGGUCGCACGCCUGACGCUGACGUUCCUGGCCCUUCGAGGGAUCGGCGUCGUGUGGACAAUUCUUUCUGGGAGUCUCGGGGGGACCAAGACAUGAUCCUUGGUUAGGCGCGAAAGAUACUAAUCUGAUGUUGGCAUUUCACACUACUCCUCCACACUUCAUGGACACGGCUGUAUGCCGUGCGUAUGGUACUGGUUUGGGCUGUUGGUGUCUGAUACCUAGAUACCUAUACUACUACUACCUCCUAUGGCAGCACACAAUCUUUUUCGUAGUUCGAGAUGAUUCCCCCUCACUGUUUUAUUUUCUUUACUACUCUGCUUGCAUCACAGUAAACUAUACACAUUUCUGAUAUCUAUCGAGUUUAUGACAACUG